AUGAUGAUCAAAUAUUUUAUUAUAUUUAUUGUUACCGUUUCUUUAUGUUCAUCAAAAGAAACCGUAAAGGAUGUGCCUGAUUCAAGUGUUCCAACACGUUAUACAAUAACUCAUGAAGCUGUAUUUGAUAUUGUUAUUAAAGAAAAUAUUCAUACAAAUGACAUUUUAUCACAAGGACGAAUUGUUAUUGGACUUUUUGGUAAUAUUGUUCCAAUGACGGUUUUAAAUUUUGUUACAAUUACAAAUGGAAUCGUUCGAGGCAACAUAAAUUUUACAUAUGAUGGUGUACCAUUUCAUCGUAUUGUUAAAGAUUUUUGUAUUCAAACAGGUGAUUUUAUUAAUCGUGAUGGUACAGAAACUUCAAGUAUUUAUGGACCAAAAUUUGUUGAUGAAAAUUUUCGUCUCAGUCAUAAAUCAGCUGGAUGGGUAUCAAUGGCAAAUUUUGGAAAAGAUACAAAUGGUUCUCAAUGGUUUAUUACUUUAGUUCCGGCUCGUUGGCUUGAUGGACAUCAUGUUGUAUUUGGUCGUGUUCUUCAAGGUAUUGAUUUUAUUCAUGAAAUGGGAGAAGUCGAAACAUUUCCUGACACAUCAUUACCGAAAAAAUAUGUUGGUAUUGUCCAUGGUUCAGCUAAAGAAGUAACACGUUAUGAUCUUACUUUGGAACAUCUUGUUUCUACUGAAGACAUUAUUGUUGCUUAG